UUAGUAACGAUAAUAAUAUUGGAAAGUUUUAAGGCAUCACACACGAGUUAUGUAUAGUUAGUAAUCUCCGCUAUGAACAAACUCGGUGCCAGUCACCGAUAACCCCCACGGCAAUCAACGUGUUAAUUAAUUCUAGUGACUACUCGCACGGAUGUAGAGAGUGACGAACAACCCCUUUAAGAUCAAAUUCAAACUAAUACCCUUAAUUGCUUCCUUUUGCAAAACGAGGGAAAACGGUACGCCGCGGGCGCGGCUGUUUCGUUCUUCGUGAAGCAGAUGAAAGCACGGAAUGUGAUUCGCGUUUCGAACGCGUAAGCGAAACAGUGCAGUGUUUUUCACCAUCCUGUUCCGAGGCUGUGAAGUGUUUAAAAUGUAGUUUCUGUUCUCGCGAAGGAGCCUGGCCUCUAUCGACAAAUUCUUUCCAACGGGAAUCGAGUACGGUAUUGUUGUUCGAAAUUUGCAAUUCUCGGCGGGAAAAUCGAUGUGUUCCGGAAUCGAAGGUGAACCAUGUACUGCGUUCUAAGCUCAGAACGAUGGAAAACUGUAAAAUGGUCGGGCGACGCAGGCGAGAAGGUCUCCGUUUAAAUUGGAUGGGCGGGGCUGGAGAUCCUAGAUACCAACCAUCAGCCGCCAUCUGCGAACCGUUGGUCGAACAAUCCUGGAAACUGCAGCCCGUGCAGCCUGUGCAGCCUGUGCAGCGCGGAGAGAGAGUCCGCAAUCGUUUCGCGUUCCAACCUUCCGAACCGAAAUUCUGCGGAUUCCCGUUCCUCCCCUGCGGGAUUCCAGCGUGUGCUCUUUCAUCGUGUACUCCCGGUGUGUCUCUCCGCCCUCUUACCGUUCCAUUAACUCCUCCGUUAACGCCCAUAACACCGGCGUUCUAGCAACCGGCUCAAAAUUGAAAGAAACGGAACAGAGAACGACACGACACGAUACGAUAGGACACGACACGGCGCGACGCGACGCGACACGACGCGACGGGUUCGCAAACGUCGUUAAUUUUCACCCCCAGCGUCCGCGGAACGCGAGUUGAACCCUUGGAUAGAGCCGAGUUGCGGCACGCCGAGUUCCGCGACCGGUAGGUAUAUUCGUGCCGGCGCUAAUCAAUGAUGUAUUUCGCGCAGUGUGCGCGGCUCCGCCACGUACAACUUCGUCCCAGAUAUCUAAGCCCCACGGCUACCAGGCAAACAGAGGGUUCCGCCCGUUAUUAUUCGACCGGCAGGGUUAGAGCGGCGGCGAGACGAACGCGCAAAGUGCCCGAGAAUAAUUACAAGUUUCGCCAUUGAAUCCGGAAUGCGCUAAACAACGCGGAAACAGCCGCAUUGCGAUCCGAUGAUUAAUGCAAUCCUGGUCUAAUGCAUACUGAGCCGCGCGUGACUCCGCGUUUCAACUGUUUUAAAUGGCCCGCGGACGACGAACGCAACCCCCUAAGUGGCAACUGCAUAGUUCGCGAGACGCUGUCAACUACGAGGAAAUGGAGUCUGCGUGGGAACCGGAUGCGUUGUGCAGUUGAUUAUGCCAGACGAGCAUCCCGAUUCUCGCGCACAGGUGCGAGACCGGCGCAAUUAUAGCUCGUUAACGUUAGACAACAAUUAGCGCGCCGCGAGCCGCUCCCCCGGCGGUUGCCGUUUCUUUCGCGGCGCCGCGAGUUUAUAAAUCGUUAAGUCGCUUCCCGCGUCCGAAACCGCCUCGCGACUGCAUCGCGGCGAAUUAAGUAGAAGCGUUUAAAACUUGUUCGGAUGGUGCGCCGCGUUACGGUAAACAGCGUCUUUUCAUUAUCAUUUACACUUCGCGCCGCGGCACUCUCGUUUCAAUCUCGCCCGACGUCCCCGUUAGUCGGGGAUCUCCGGACGCGGAAUCGUAUCGAACGGAUGCUAACGCGGUCUUUUCGACGGCAAAUCAAAUUUUAGUGGCGCUAUCAUCCGUUCCAUCGAACUUUCUGUCCGAAGAGAGAAACUGGCGCGCGCACCGACUUAACAAUAAUUAAUGGGCCGAGGAUGUUUACAGACGCGGGGUCCGUUAAAGUUGUUCGUAUCAGCGUGCUCGUUAAAGUUUAUUAGAUCGGGGUGGUGCAACGAACCGUGGCGAAGCGCUCUACAUUCCGAAUGCAUAAAACCGGUGGGCCAGUGAUCAAAAAGACCAGUUAGUACUGGCGCACGGGAGAAGAGAAAUUAGAAAAAUUAAUCCCCCGGAUGCUCGGACGUAAACCGAUUUUACGGCGUUCUUACGGCGUGCUUACGGUGUUCCCACGGUGUUCUUACGGUGUUCUUACGGCGAACCGAACGCGUGCAUCCUCGUAAAAUAAGAAAUACUUACACGCAAAUCGUAAAAGUUCGAAGCAGGUAUGGAGGAUCAGGGUCGUCCGCGGAUCGAAACGGUUCCUGUAAAACUUUUGAUUUUCAAACAGCCUGUCGAACGACCCGACCGUCCGACGAAAACACGGACCGGCCAGGCCGAAGCGGUAGUUCCCAUGCGAUAGGGAAAUUACAAGGGAAAUUUAUGAGCAGCCCCCGUGCCGAAAGAAAAUUUGACGACAGGUGCUCCAUCAUUCGCGAGAGUGCUCCGACGCCGGAGUAGCUUCGCUCUCAGCCACGGUCACCGUGCAAUUCCGCGAGCAAUAUGGGAUCCUCUCGAGAAUGGAUGAUUGUAUAAUUAAAUAAAAUCCCGCGAAUUCGCGAGGCCGGAGUUAAUAACCAUGCCGGCUCGAGUGGAGGGAAACAAAUGAAAGUCCGAUCGCGAUCAUUUAUUUUACGUUCGUUUCAGAUGCUCGGCCAUGUCAUAGUAUGUUAUCUUAGCUUGCUGUCGACCGCUUCGGGGAUAAAAAAUAUCACGCGCGGCGUAUCAAGACACCUGAGAUCGAUCGGAUUCCCCGAAGGCAGCGCGAUGGGGAUAUUCUUCGCCCUCGGUGUACCCGUCGAUAUCCCAAAUAAAUCGAUAAUAUUUUCGUUUUACUUCGAGGCAAACUACGGUCUGCCCGGCGAAUGGAAUUCCAGUUAUUAUGGGGACGGGCCAUAUUUAUGGAAACGCAGCCUGGACCGACAAUUGGCGUACCGGGUCCUCGCGAACAAAUUAGAAAGCGCGGGUUACUCUGGGGAGGGUUGCCUAUUGAAAAUGAUCUGCGAAACGGCGAAUGAGCCUCUGUCCAACAACGGCGUGCUUGGCGAUAUUCUCCAGAUUUUAUUUACGCCAUCCUCUUCGCAAGAUGAAGAUCUUCCAAGCGAGAUCGUCGAAGCUGAGUACGCGGAAGACUGUGCUAACUAUCAUGCGAUGUGCCCUCAAAGUCCGUUGACAUUGAUUAGUCGGUACGGCCUCAAAGAUUGAUAGUUCAAGAUGUAAUAUGGAUUACCCCCAGCAAAAGAAAUGUGUAAUCUCUUAAAAAAUUUAGAAAGACGAGAGUAUGCCGCAACUGUUACAUCGAUACUAACAGGUACAUUCGUACUGAACAUUUGUGACCCUCGUAAGGAUAAGUCACGAGAUCUGCAAUUAGUAUUGGAACUAAGGUUCCAGCCCCUAAACUAUGAUGCAAGUGUCGUUCGUACGGAACAUUGGUGUCGACCUGAAAACUCGUCAAGACGGAGUACGUUGCAAACAAUUUUGAAAACUGAUACACAUACAUCAAAAUUAACACGUAAACCAAAAGAAACACUUAUACGACCAAUAACUAAAAUAUUCUUAACGUGGCGAUAAAUUAUAUAGAUACAUAGUAAACAAAAUUAUUUUUGAUUUUCGUAACUGUCUCUAAGUAUUGUUGUCCCGAAAGUAUAACUUUCUCUUUAUAGCUCUCUUUUUAACAAUUCUCACGUAACCUUCGCUGUUACGAUGUUCGGCGAUUCGUUAGAAAAUGAUUCGGUGAGUAAUCUCAGUACAACCGACACGGAUAAGUAAAAUUCCAGAUCGUCGUUCGACUACGGUAUUCGCAUUUAACAGCGACGAUAACUGGUAAUACAUUAGGAACGUGGUGUGCGUUGUCGCAAAGAUCGGUGAUUACAACAGUUGAGCAGAGUGCGUUCGUGAUAGCGAUAAAAUCUUUAAAACAGCAGCAACUGAAUGAGGUGCGAGUUGUUCGCUGUGAAUUGAAACGCCUCGAGCUUAGCAUUGUAGGCGAUUCGGUCCUAGUUUUCGUGCGGCGGAAGGGUACGUGCUCGUUUGACUAAUCACGUAAAUGCUUCAUUGAUAUGCUUCAUUGAAAUGGAAAUCUAACUUCCAUAUUUAUUUAUUUAUUUAUUGAAUUCGGGGAUGGAUUCGUUUCGAGAACGACGCCAGACCUCCUUGGCCGAGUUCCCCGCCGUCGCCUCGUGUUCUCAAUUUUGUUUGAUCAGAAACGGCUGAUGACUCUUGUCUUCUUGGAUCUCGUGUUUCUGUCUCUGUCGCAGUAGAUAGUGAGACAUAUGCUCAUAAGUAACAAACGUGAUCACGGUCGCUGGGGUCACCCUGGUCAGGUUCGCACUCAGUCCUUUGUAAUAGCCGCGCCACCCUUCAUAUCUGAAAUUAACCACCAGUAAUACGCUUUUGUUAUUCGUCUCAUCUUUUUCUGGCGUCUAGUGUUAUUGUCGAUCGUACAAUGCAGUGUUUCAUUCGCACCAAGCCUGACCGGCGUACGAUUCUUGUCGUCUGGAUGGAUGGUCGUUUACGAGAUCGGCCGAUGAGCUGAGCAUGAAGGAUUGUCUUAAAAUUCAAGAGAUACUUUUGUCAAUUCCACAUCGUUUAUUUCCCAUUCAAGUGGUUUGUAUUAAUGCGAUAUUGCUUAGGUACAAUAUGUAAUCGUACACGUGAUACGUCCAAAAAUCGUACUGCUGGUGGUUCCACAAGUGAGUCACCUCGUCACGUCCGCUUAUGUUCGCCUUUGGCGGAACAAGUGUCGCGACUCUCUUCGUUGGACGCAGAAUUUCAAGUCGGAUCGAACUUAAGUCAAUUACAUGCCGAUGGCCGCUCUGCUAAAGGCGAAGUCGAUUUUCAGCUAUCGCUUGAUUAGGAUCAGCCACCUCAAAAUUGUGAGCCGCCUUGUCGAAAGUCGCAACGGUUGUUCCACCAAUAGUUCACGCAAUCAUACACUCACGCACAGCGAAGACGUCGUCACUACUCAUAUAUUUCGUCACGCUACAACUGUGGACCCGCCACAGCAAUGAAUUUGCUCGUAGAAACGUUCAAGGAAGAGAAUGUAAGUGACGCGAGGCUAUAUCGAGAGUUGCUAUCAGAGCUCAAAGAAAAAUAUACGAACACUUGAUAGAGUCUAAUGCAUGCAUCCAGUGCUCGGCCGUACAAACAUGUCUCCUCGAUCUAUCCCCCUGAGGGUAUUGCUCCUUUUGCUACUGUGAAACGCAAACUCCUCAGGAACACCGAAUGAAGAGUUAAAGUGGUUCAGUAAGCGCACAUAAGAGUAUUUGCACGAAGAACGUGGACGCAAUUUGGAAAUUCACGGAAAUGUAUUUUUUUUUUUUAAGAACAGAAAGAACCUCUUCGACACGUGUAUUAAUAAAUACGAACACAUACAAAAAUGUAAA